AUGGACAAAGAAUACGCAUGUGCAAAUUCCAAAAAUCCGUUUACCAAAAAAUGUAAAACGUGCAAUGUCGAUAAAAUAAUAAUAUACAACGAGUCAAAAUUAGCAUGUGCAAUAUGCGGGGAUUCGGACAAUAUUGUCAUUGAUUCGGACAUGCCACUGCAAAGGGAAACAUUUGCGGAAAAACCGAAAUCCCAUUACAAAAGACUCGGCCAUUGUAUUGAAAAACUUAACCAAUUUCUUUGCAAAAGUACGGCCAAUGUACAUGAAAGGGUUUUUAAGGUUCUUGAAGAAGAGAUUGAAAAACACAAUCUUAUCAAAAAAGACAUUACAAUAAGAUUUAUAGAGGCCAUGAUGAAAAAACACCAUUUGAGCGACUUCUAUGAAAAUAUCAUGUAUAUUUACAGCAAGAUAACUGGCAAACGUCCUCAAACAAUUACAGUUGGUGAGUAUGAACUUGUGUUAAAAAUAUUUAUUGAGGCUGAAGAAGUCUAUGAAAAAAAAUACAAACCACCCAAUAGGGAGAAUUUCUUAAAGUACACAUUUGUUUUGAACAAGAUUUUUCUAGCAAUCGGACGACGUGAUGUGGCCGAACAUUUCAAAUUGUUAAAAAGUCCCGAAAAACUUAAACAACAAGAGCGUGUUUGGCGAAAAAUAUGUAUUGACAUCGGUCGAAAGUAUUGUUCUAGUUAA